UGUAAAAGUUCGUAAUUUCGAAACUGUUUGUAGUGUUGUUCCGCGACAGUGAUGAAUGCAACGAGUUUGUAUGUUUCGACUUGUAGACUUGUAUUACAAGCAGAUUCGGAAGAUUCAUCGUCUUGGACGGACUUAUUUCGUCUGGUUCCCUAUCUAAGACAAUCUUUGUCUUGCACGGUUUGUGGGAACUUGUUAAUUGAACCGUAUACUCCUACAGAGACGAACUGUCAGCAUCAUGUGUGCCGUUCUUGUAAGGGCGGAAGAAAAAAGCUCAAGCCAUCUUGUAGUUGGUGCAAAAACUACGAAAAAUAUGUGGAAAAUGUGCAGCUACGUAUAUUACUUCAAUGCUAUAAAAAACUGUGCGAGUAUGUGACCAGUACAUCGAUUUACCGCAGUUUAUUUGUGUCCGCAACCAGCAAUGGGGGAUCAGGUGAUGGAACGUCGAGUCUUGUGGAUCUCAUACAGGAGGGUGCAGGUUUCAAAGAUGAUUUCAAAAGUAAUGCAGGAUUGUCGAAAUCUGCUUACAGCAUACUCCCAUGUGUUUAUACUAGUACUUCAACACAGACGGGUGUUGCGCCUGCAACCAUUGGGCAGCCGGAAGGAAAUAACUGCUUGCAGGCUGUCGAACCACAAGCCAUCCGGACUGUGUCAAAUGGUUCUUCACUAUACUCAGUGCUGUUUAAGGGAACAGGAAAUAAAAUAACUAUAAAAAGGAAAGCCAACGAUUUAGAAGGAGACCCGGGCGACGGUAAUGGCUGCAAUACAGAUGCAGUAUCCACAAUAGCAAAUUGUGCUACAAACAACUGGGAUGUGUUCAAGAAACCUGCACCAAGAGUGACAACUGUACGUGGGCCCGGUGGGGCGAAGAGACGAGGUUGUCGAUGUGGAAAUGCAACGGCGACUCCAGGCAAGCUGACUUGCUGUGGGCAGCGAUGCCCAUGUUAUGUCGAGAGUAAGGCAUGCGUCGAAUGUCGGUGCCGUGGCUGUCGUAACCCUCACAGACCAGGAGGCAAAAAGGUGCGCCCAGUGAUACCUGAGCUUCAGAGAUUGCAGCUGGCCCUGGAAGAGAGUAACUGUGACAACAGCGCUGCUGUGCAGGUGGUGUAUGCAGAUGAGCUCCAGUCUUCGCUGCUGGUUCCUGAUGUGAGACAUACGGCUGACUGUUCGCCAGAUGACACAAGUGACAUCGAAGUGGAUGUUUAAUAUGUGGUCUUAAGUUUUGGUCAUCCUGAUUUCAGGAUUGACAUUUUCUGUGCUGUGGCCCAUUGUCAUAUUUCUGUAAUGUGGCAUAUCUUUUUGUACAGUGCAAGAAUAUAGAUUGCAGAAAAAUCCAGCAGAAGAGUGUUCUUUACGUAUGGCAUUAAAUUUCUGUCAUGAUUCCAUUCCAAGACUUUGGUUUUACUGUAAACUAUUAGCUUAAUGUACUCUUUAGGUAGCUGCAUCAGCAGGUGUUUUGUAAUUAUUUAACAUAUUAUUCCUAGUGUGACCUUUAAUCUUUCUUGCCUUUUGUUGUGUGCAGAUGAGAUACUUUGCAGUUGACAAGUACUAUUAAAAUUGUAAAGUACAAAAUUUAUUCAUUGUUAUGCAUAGAUCAUCUUUGUCAUUUCUUGAAAUAUAUGUAUAUCAGUAAA